GCCCCUGAAGCUCUGCCCUGUGCUGUUUUCCUCGGGCGGCUGGCUUCCCUGGUCGUUCGCUCGCCCGCGCUGUGUGUGCCUUUUUCCCCCGAGGGGUCGGGGGCUGCACCGUCAUGGCGGAGGUGAAGGUGAAGGUGCAGCCGCCUGACGCGGACCCCGUCGAAAUAGAAAACAGGAUUAUAGAGUUAUGCCAGCAGUUCCCGCAUGGAAUCACAGACCAGGUGAUUCAGAAUGAAAUGCCUCACAUCGAAGCCCAGCAGAGGGCGGUGGCCAUCAACAGACUCCUGUCCAUGGGCCAAUUGGAUCUCUUACGGAGCAACACAGGCCUUUUAUAUAGAAUAAAGGACUCUCAGAAUGCUGGCUCUGUCUCAUUCUUUCUAAGUAAAAUGAAGGGGUCGGAUAACCAAGAAAAACUAGUCUAUCAAAUCAUAGAGGAUGCAGGAAAUAAAGGAAUAUGGAGCAGAGAUAUCCGAUAUAAAAGUAACUUGCCAUUAACAGAAAUCAAUAAAAUUCUAAAGAAUUUGGAAAGUAAAAAGCUUAUCAAAGCUGUUAAAUCUGUCGCAGCCUCAAAAAAGAAGGUGUAUAUGCUCUAUAACCUGCAGCCGGACCGGUCCGUCACUGGCGGGGCUUGGUACAGUGACCAGGAUUUUGAAUCAGAAUUUGUAGAGGUGCUUAACCAGCAGUGCUUUAAAUUUCUACAGAGCAAGGCAGAAGCAGCACGAGAAAGCAAACAGAAUCCGAUGAUCCAAAGGAACAGUUCGUUUGCUUCGUCACAUGAAGUGUGGAAGUACAUCUGCGAGCUGGGGAUCAGUAAGGUAGAAUUGUCCAUGGAGGACAUUGAAACCAUCUUGAACACCCUCAUUUAUGAUGGAAAAGUGGAGAUGACGAUCAUUGCCGCCAAGGAAGGCACAGUUGGCAGCGUGGAAGGCCACAUGAAGCUGUACCGGGCAGUCAGCCCAAUCAUCCCGCCCACAGGGCUGGUGCGGACACCCUGCGGGCUCUGCCCGGUUUUUGAUGAUUGCCAUGAAGGUGGUGAAAUUUCGCCAUCUAACUGUAUUUACAUGACAGAAUGGCUUGAAUUUUAGGAGAGUGACAGAUUUGACUGACAUUGUGCAAGUGAAGUUCCUUUGGGAGCAGAUAAUCGAAUUCAUGAUGAAACAGAAGAUUUCCCUGAAAGUAAACUUCACAGUAAUGCAUACAGAUCUGCUGCUAUGGAAAUUAUAUUUUUAUUUGUGAAGACUGAAUUUAUAUUGGUGAAGUGGCCAACACGGAAGAGAUAAAACUCACAGUAAAAUUCUUUGCUGAACAUAACACUUUGAAACUGGAGAACUAUAUUUUUUGAAGUUUUCAGACUUUUUGAUGGUUCGAAGAAAGAAGUCAAAUCCAUAAUGACCAAGUAUUCUGCUAAUAACUAGAGCAUGUAGGAGUUCAUUUUACAGUAUUUAUUAAAACUUCCUUUGGAAA